AUAAAAAAAACUCACUUUCUGAUAUCUAGUUGGUAUUGUUGAUCUAAGGCCAACACUUCUUCGCUCUGCUUCGAUCCAGUUUGCUACGCUCCGCUUUGGUGGAAACCGGGUCUUAUCAUCUUAUGGGGAAAACUGUAAAAAAAAACUGGCAAAAAGGUUUAGUCCAAGUCUGUACGAAAAUUUAAAAAAAGUAAAGUCACAACAAAAAAAAGUAAACAAAUUGCUAAUUUGUGUGAAAUAAAUAAUAAUGAUUUAUUUGUGAUAUUUCUCCAAAAGCCGUACAGAAUGGCUGGUCUCUUAUGUAGAAUAUGCCUGGCACGUGAUACUCGUAUGUGUACAAUGUACAACACGCCACUGGAAGUGCUUUAUCAAAAAAUCACAAAAAUACCUCUUAAAACAAAAGACGGAAGACCGCACGUGGUGUGUUAUGUCUGCUACCAUUUAUUGAGCAAGUGUCACAAAUUCAUUGAAAGUGCCGUUAAAACUGACAAAGUUCUUCAACGACUAUGUAGCAGUGGUAUACAGUUAACCGAGCAGCAUAUUGCAGCGAUAGACAAGGCUUUCUUACUCACACCAUUAACUAAGUCACGCGUUAUAAAUGUAAACGCAAUAAGCGAUUCAGACGGAGUCAGUAUAGAAGUGGCCGAAGUCAAGAGAGAAAUUGAAGAAGAUAAGCCUAUAUAUUAUGAGGUGGAAGUUGUUAAAGAUAAAGCUGAUUCUUUAGGGUUUGACGGUAUAAAUAAUACAGAACAUAGUUCAAAACAGUACGCUUGUACUAUCUGUGGUCAUUGCUUGCUGACCAAAGCUGAAGCUAGGAAGCACUACAAAUGGCAUGGCACCUCCGAAGAACCCUAUCUGGACUGUCUGAAUUAUUUAUUUGGCGCUCCACCAACUGUGGAAGUCACUAUGCAACCUAUCACGGCGCCAACUGACAGCAAAGAAGUAAUAAAGGCGCCAAAUGACCACAAAGAAGCUCUACCGGCGCCAACUGGCAGCACACAAGCAGUGAAGACGCCAACAUACAGCAUACAAGCGGUGACGGCGCCCACUGACCACAAAGAAUCACUCGCGGCGCCAAAAGAAUCACUAACGGCACAAACAGGCACCAUACAAACAGCCACUGCACCAACUUACAGCAUACAAGCGUUGACGGUGCCAACUGACCACAAAGAAUCACACGCUGCGCCAACUGACAGGAAUGAAUCACUAACGGCGCCAACUGACAGCAUACAAUUGGUGACGGCGCCAAUUCAUAGCAGAGAAGUGCUGAAGUCUCCGCAAACUAUCAUAGCGUCCGACACUAGUCCAACGAAGUUUGAAAAUGAUGAAGAGAUGCCUAAGAAAGAAGAUAUGGAUACAAUAAAGAAAAAAGAAAAAGCAACUAACAGUGAAGUGACUAUAAAAAAGAGAAAAUUCACUAAAACUGUGAAACCAAAUAGUAAAAAUGAAACAAAAUUGGCCAUUAGUAAUAAUUUAAUCGAAAACGAGGUAUAUUAUGAAGUGCCAUUAUUUAAAUCGGAUGACCCGUUAGACACAAAUUAUAAAGAUAAUACAGAUAAAUUAGACAGUUCAGACACGAAUAUGGACACGGAAGAUAUAGAACAAAAUGAUGAAAAUGAAACGAAACAAAUUACAGCAACAGAAAAAACAUUUCCAUGUGAUACUUGUAAAAAAGUCUUCCGAAUUAAUGCGAGGUUGAAACGCCAUAGACGUGUGCACACGGGCGACAAACCAUUCUCAUGCGAACAUUGCUCGAAAACAUUCGCAGACAAAGCUAAUUUAACUACUCAUAUACGGAGACAUACAGGUGAAAAACCGUUCUCAUGUAACUAUUGCCAUUAUAAGACCGCUCAAAAAUCAACUUUAAUUAAUCACGAAAGGACACAUACAGGUGAAAAACCGUUCUCAUGUAACUAUUGUCAUUAUAAGACCACUCAAAUAUCAACUUUAAUUAAACACGAAAGGACACAUACAGGUGAAAAACCGUUCUCAUGUGACUAUUGUAAUUACAAGACCACUAGAAAAGCUGAUUUAACUAUUCACAUACGGACACAUACAGGUGAAAAACCGUUCUCAUGUAACUAUUGCGAUUACAAGACUGCUGUACAAUCUCAUUUAACUACUCAUAAACGGACACAUACAGGUGAAAAACCGUUCUCAUGUAACUAUUGUCAUUACAAGACCGCAUUUAAAUGUAAUUUAACUACUCAUAUACGGACACAUACAGGUGAAAAACUAUUCGCAUGUGCCUAUUGUCAUUACAAGGCUGCUGUAAAAUCAGAUGUAAUUAAACAUAUACGGAUACAUACAGGUGAAAAACCGUUCUCAUGUAACUAUUGUCAUUACAAGAGUGCUAACAAAUCAGCUUUAAAUAUACACGCAAGGACACAUACAGGUGAAAAACCGUUCUCAUGUAACUAUUGCCAUUAUAAGACUACUAAAAAAUCAACUUUAAUUAAACACGAAAGGAAACAACAUACAGGUUAAAAACCGAUUUGAGGUAAACAGUCUUGGUAAAAAAUUAAUAACGAUAUCUGGCAACCCAGAAGCGUUGUAUGCUCUAUGGCCCCUCUCUAUGGUCUCUCUUUUUCCUACCAUUCAAGUGUGUGCACGUGGUUGUAAAUUAUCUUCGCAAUAAAUAGAAUAUCACUGAAGUUAUGUGUCUUUUGUACCUGCCGCAUCACUCUGUUCAUGGUCCUUCAGAGCUGGAUGCAGGAGUCUGUACUGAGAAUCUGUACUUGGAGCAGUUUUUUUCGUGUUGUGUGCGGCCGGCCCGGGGUGACGCUAGCGCAUUGCAUACCACUUAUUGCGUGCUUUCAAAAUGCCCCUAACCGGCGAGGAUACCAGCAGUGAUUUUGCUCAUCAAGACAAGCAAAAAUUGAUAAAUGUGAGAAUAUACAUCAAAGGCCACAUAUCACUUGUGGAAAAUGAGCUGGGGGACAUUUCUGCCGUAAAAUCCACCGCCAUGUUGGAUGUUGCCGCCGAACGAAUUAGCAGUCUUUUUACGAGAUUGGAGGACGUCAAUCUCAAUUUGGAAUCGAUGGAUACUUCAGAGACCGCUGAGGGAUCGAAAAUCGAGUCAAGGUGUCAAAGAAUACUAACUGACAUUCGUGAACGUCGUGAGGCGCUGAAGCAUCAUUGUAACUCAUCGGCGAGUGACUCCGGAUCGCAAGAGCACCGGCAUAAACCGAAUCUUCCCAAGAUAUCGUUGCCCAAGUUCAGUGGAAGUUAUAUGCUAUAGAAAAAAAAUCUUCAGUAAUUAUUUCAGUCGGUUGUAGGUAUAGUUAGUAGUAUUCUUCUUCCUCGUUCCCUCACUGAUGAGGAUCGCGACCACAGAUAGUGUUCCUCCACAGACUGCGGUCAUAAGCUG